GUUGCAGAAAAAGCCGCAAUGAGCCAACCAUUUCGUGAUCUUGCUACCAAAAGCCUACCAUCAACAAGCAGCUCGCAUAUCCAGCCUACAAGAUUUUGCGCCACGGAGUUUGUUUCAGAGUUAUCCUUUAGAGAUUACAAUUCUCGUGGUCUGGUUCGAGUCUGGCAAGAGGACGAUAGUUUCAAAAGUUACAAUGGUUCCAGUACUGAUGAAGCUGAUUCGCCGGCUGCUUCAAAUAAUAAUCUAUCACAAAGUCUGAGUAAUGGUUUUUGUGAAGAAGUUUCGCGUUGGGGUCACCUCGAUUUUCUGUUUAUUUCCUCCAAGUAUCAGUCUCAAGCCCAUAUAGAGCUUCAAGUUGUUGAAUUUUCUAAUACUUUGCUUACUAUUCUAGUGCCGGAGUUAGUAUCGAGCAAGGAGGAGCAAGCCAUCUCUUUAAGCUCUAAGCUUUUAGACUCAGUAACUCAUUCAAAUGGAGGCGACAUGACUUCGAAAGAAGAGUUUGAACAACUUUUGGACGACUGGAAAUUUGUGCUAGAAAAACGUAACAGUUACAGCCAGUUGUGGCUUAAUCGUUUAGCAAUUUUUGGCUGCUAA